CGGGCGCACAAGCUCCAGGCGUGGGCCCGCGACAGACUUCCGGCGGGGCUCGCGGGCAGCUCACACCUGAGAGAAGGAGGGCCACGGCGGCCCCGCCCAGGUCGUCACCUGCCGCGCGCCCCACAGGCCAGGCAGCCGGUCCCUCCGCGAGGCCUCGUCUCAGUGGCGGGGCGGAACGGCGCGGACGUUGGGCGCGAGUUUGGCGGCCGCUCCGCCGGACUGCGCCUCCCAGGGAAGGCCGGGCCAGCGGAAGGUCCCUGUGCCGCCCUCGAGAGGACGGAGCCGGCGGCCGCACACGCGCGUUCCUUUCCUUGGGCCGCACGGUUUUGGGGGAAACAUGAGUUAGUGGCUGCCGUUGAGAGACUGAGCUCAAGGACGCGGUUUCCCAGCUUGCGUGGGAAAGCCUGACCUGGCGGCGUCGGGCCGCAGUCCCGCGUUUUCUCAGCCCCCUGGAGCUGCCGCCUUCAGUCUGUCUACUGAUGCUCUGGCCAGGGUGAGCAGCAUCCUCUGCUGGGCUUUGGRAGGUACUGGGAGUUGACGGCUUUUGUGGCCACUGGGCAGUGGCCCCGUCAUGUCUGGGCCCCAGACUCCUGAACACACACUGGAUGCCCAGGGUGACUCAUCCCUAUGCAGGAAGGAUGAGGACAUCAGGGAAGGGACCCAGAGCUCCCACCGCAUGCUGGGUUUCAGUGACGCACUACUGUCCAUCAUCGCCACAGUCAUGAUCCUUCCUGUGACCCACACGGAGAUCUCCCCAGAGCAGCAAUUUGACAAAAGUAUACAGAGACUUCUAGCAACCAGGAUUGCUGUCUACCUGAUGACAUUUCUAAUUGUGACUGUGGCCUGGGCUGCACACACCAGAUUAUUCCAGGUUGUUGGGAAAAUAGACGAUACACUUGCCUUGCUCAACCUGGCCUGCAUGAUGACCAUCACCCUUCUGCCAUACACAUUUUCCUUAAUGGUGACGUUCCCUGAUGUGCCACUGGGCAUCUUCCUGUUUUGUGUGUGUGUGAUCGCCAUUGGAGUUGUGCAGGCACUGAUUGUGGGGUAUGCUUUCCACUUCCCACACCUGCUGAGCCCGCAGAUCCGGUGCUCCGCCCACAGGGCCCUGUCCCGAAGGCACAUCCUGCACCUUGUCCUCCGUGGUCCAGUGCUGUGCUUUCUUGCGGCCAUCUUCUCCCUCUUCUUCUUCCCUGUGUCAUACCUGCUGAUGGUGACCGUCAUCUUCCUGCCCUACAUCAGCAAGGCCACCAGUUGGUGCAAAGACAGGCUUGUGGGUCACAGGGACCCUCCCGCCCACAGUGCAGAGGUCUUCAGCUUCGACCUGCAUGAGCCCCUCAGUAAGGAACGGGUGGAAGCCUUCAGCGAUGGUGUCUAUGCCAUUGUGGCCACACUCCUCAUCCUGGACAUCUGCGAGGACAACGUCCCAGACCCCAAGACCGUGAAGGAACAGUUCCGCGGGAGCCUCGUGGCAGCCCUGGGCGCCUAUGGRCCACACUUCCUGGCAUACUUCGGCUCCUUUGCCACAGUGGGUCUGCUCUGGUUUGCACACCACUCGCUCUUCCUGCACGUCCGCAAGGCCACACAGGCCAUGGGUCUACUCAACACCCUCUCCCUGGCCUUUGUGGGUGGCCUCCCUCUGGCCUACCAGCAGACUGCAGCCUUCGCCAGGCAGCCACGAGAUGAGCUGGAGCGUGUGCGCCUCAGCUGUGCCAUUGUCUUCUUCGCCAGCAUCUUCCAGUUUGCCAUCUGGACUGCGGCCCUGCUGCGCCAGGCGGAGACGCUGCAGCCAGCUGUGCGAUUUGGUGGGCAGGAGCAUGCCUUCAUGUUUGCCAAGCUUGCGCUAUACCCCUGUGCCAGCCUGCUGGCCUUUGCAGCCACCUGCCUGCUGAGCAGAUUCAGCACAGCCAUCUUCCACAUCAUGCAGAUUGCAGUGCCCUUCGCCUUUCUGCUGCUGCGCCUCCUCGUGCGCCUGGCUCUGGCCAGCCUGCAUGGCCUACGCCACCUGCGGCCAGCACAACCCCUCCGGAGCCACGCCCCAGAGGAGGCCCAGUCCCAGCUCCUGCCUUCCUCCUGCUAGUGGAAGCUAUGCCUGCCCCGGAAGGAAGCCUUGGGGGUUGGGCCAGCAGGCCCCAUGGAGCCACAGUCUGGGUUUUGCCUCCACUGUGAAAUAUCAAGAUCU